AUGGUUGUUCUCGUCCCGCUUGAGUCCUUUCCGAUUUCUGGGGACCUUUGUCUUUUUAUCCUUCAGGAUGCACCGAUUGCCAAGGGGUUUUCCGUUUUUCUAUUCGUUCGCCAUUCUGAUUUCGGGGUGUUUUUGAACUGUGUGGUGUCUUUCCUAACAAGGAGAGGCCUGAUUUUCCUUUGUUUCGACUUGUUCUGUCCUCUGGUCAUCGAUCGGUUGAACUCGUUUUUGUUGAUUUGAUGAUCUGCUGUCGUUAUUGGGCGAUCCCUUUCCCCCAAGGUUUUAAAUGUUUUUUGAGAUACAUGUUUCAUUCUUCCUUUCGCUAAGAAACUACGCCUACACGACGCUGUUUUGGAUCAUAAUUUGCAUUCUUCUCUCUGUCUCAGAUGGGUCGGGCUGGCGGAGGAAGAGAAAGGUAUCGCAGUGAAUACACUCCCAGAGUCGAGGAUAAGGGAGGUGGGGGUGUCAGCCGAAGUCAUCAGCCGGGGCGAGCUGAAACACAACCCAGCCGCCACCUCUGGGUGGGUAACCUGCCCCCCCAAGCUACGCAGAGCAUGUUGUUGGAGCAGUUCUUGCGAUUUGGGGACCUGGAGAACAUUGCUUUCAUUCCAGGGCGGAGCUAUGGCUUCGUAAAUUUCAAGAAGGAAGAAGACGCAGUCUUUGCAUUGAGGACCUUACAGGGUCACAUGUUUGCGGGGGUGCCACUUAAGAUCGAAUUUCAGAAGGGGGUUAGUCGUGUUGAUCUUUACGCAUCUUUAAUUUAUUAUUUAACUGGUUUCGUACUCCUAAUCGUAUGAUGUAUAUUUAAAAUCUGGGACCAUAUAUCAUUAUAUUAUAAUAUCAAUUAAAUGUUAAUAAGGAAACAAGGUUAUAUAGGCACUAUACCUGAGAAAAAGCUCCCUUGAAAAUUUCAUGUCGCAGUUUUGUGCAUGAGUGUUGUCACAAUAAAACUCGUUUAUAUAACAAUCCGUAUCUGGACAGUGGCAUUCCAAAAUUUACAAACGGUAAGCACCCAAUUUCUUGGUUUCCAUCAUGCCAUUCAUUCCCAAAAGCAGCAGAGUACAGAACCUUCUCUCCAAAACGAACGAAUAAUUGUUUUUUCUGACACUUUUCUACAUAUCUUGUUUUACUAUUUAAAGAGUUGACCCAUUGUUUUGAUCAUAAAUGGCUUAUUGUGCCAUAUGGUUGUGGGAAUUGCUGUUUACUUGAUAUGGUAAACUUUCCUAAUAACGAUGAUGAACAGCUUCAAUCUGAAUAAUAAUAUCUCAUCUUUGGUUUUGAUUGUUCCAUUUCUUCCUUUUUUAUUUAAUGCCCAAAAUAAACUUUCCACUGGACUAGAAUGGUUAUUUGAAGGCAAGAGAAUCCAGAUUAUAAGUAGGUACAUUACCUGAAACUCUAUGUCAAGGAGCUUUUGAUCAUGCAACUAGGUCUUAAUGCUAGAAAAUCAAUAAACUGCUCGGAGAAGAUUCUUCAACCAGAUAUCAGGCAAAGAAUGGCAUGAUAUCACCAUGAAGACAAGAAUUUCUGUUGAAAAUAAAUUUCUCAUAAAUUGCAUUAAUGGACUUUGCAAUGAAUACCCACUUUCAGAAAAAUUGAGAACUAUUAAUUAGCCCAUGAGAAUAAUAUAUUUUUCCGCAUCUAAUGCAACCUCAAAUAGUGUGUCUGAACCAAAAACUAACAGCCUACAUUAUAUAUAAUAAGGAGGACAAAUUUUCAACCAAAAAGUAAAGAGAGGCCUAAUAUUCCUCCAAAGAGAAGGAAAAGAGAAAGGGAAACUAUUAAAGCGUGGAUACAUUUGCAACUUAAUUGUGGGUAUUAUUAGUCAAAUGCCUAGGUAAAAUCAUAUAACUUCCCCCAAAUCUUUGAUGAGGUCAUGAGAUUGAAAUUUUCUCAGUUUCAGAUUAUCCUUACAUGAAGAGGUGUCAUUAAUUAGGGAUGGAAUCAUUCUCCCCUCAUAUUUUUUUCCUAAGAAUCUGUCCCUUUCAACAAACAGUGUAAGGUUUAUUACCAUAUAACAUCAUAUAAUCCCAUCUACACAUGAUCAACGGAAGCUGCAAGAUUGUGUUCUUGGAGGAUUAAGUUCGUUCACUAACUGAAUUUCUAAAUGCAGACUGCUGUUACGGCUUCAUCUGAAUAGAAUUAUUUUUUCUUGGAUAUGAAAGACUCGUCUCUCUUAUUCACUUUCCAGAUGGUGAAAUCCACUAUUGUGAUUAUGUCUUUCAGUUCACUAUUGGUAGGCCGGCCUUAAGUUGCUAUGAAAUCUGUACUUUCUCUCACAAUUGACAAUAUUCAUGGCCAAAAUGUUGAUUGGUUAUAAACCUUGAAAAUUCUGUCAGCUGCUGAAUCCAUUUAUUCCAUUAAUAAACUAAAUGAGUUCAGUUUUUGAGAUUGCUUGUUUUCGUGUCAUUUCAGUGAAUUUGUUGGCAAAUGAAUCACUAUAAAAACAUGUUCACAGACUCCCCUAAAAGUGACGUGGUGAAGUUUGUAAUCAUUUUAAGGCCUUAUUUUGUGAGUUCGACGUAUUGACCUGUAGUGACUAAAAGUGACCUGGUGUUCACAGACACCACUAAAAGUGACCUGGAGAAGUUUGUCAUCAUUUUACGGUCUUAUUUUGUGAGGUCGACUUAUUGACCUGAAGUGACUAAUGCAGACUUGAUGAACCCUUUAUUUAAUCGUUUUAUUAAUCUUCCUUCCUAAUUUUUUUUCGAGAAAAAGGUGGCGCACAUUUAAUUAACUUCACAACCGAUCACAGUAUGAAGGAAGAAAUCACAUGAGACAUCAAUGGAUACUAAAAUAUUAAUUGAUAUUUAAAGAUAAUCCAACUGUUUACCAUGUGACUCGUUGUUAGUGAGUAAAUGCUGCUGUAUCCAUGGACAUGUCAAUGUCACACCUGCAGAAAAAAUCCUUUCCCUUUACUGGAGUGGAAUGUGUGAUGCUUCAACGUGCCAGAUUUUGUAGAACUAUGUUUUUCUAUUCAUCCCAUAUGCCUUCAAUAUAUAGGAUCUCUACGUGAUGUGUUUAUACCCCAGAUGAGUGGUAAUGUCCUAUGAUAAAUUUCUUUAGAAAAUCAUUGUACUUGUUCAAGUGAUAUAACUGGUGAUAUAUUUUCUUGUGAUAGAAAUUUCUAUCACGUAGCAUGGAAUAUUAAGAGUUCUUGACCCACUCUUUCAAUACCAUCAUUCGCUUGAUACUUAUGCAAAACGUUGUCAUUCCCUCUUGUAGAUAGUGGCAGCUAUCUUGAUGUAUGAUUUGCUACUGAUUAUAAGGGUUUCUUGUAAAAACCCCAUAUGCAUUUAUUAGUUUCACCCAUCCAAAUUAUCUGAGAUUCAACCACGUUCUCAUCUCCUGGAAUACGGAAUAAUUUAAUUGGGCACAUUAAGCUCUUUUAUAAUUAAUUGUUUUCCCCUUCCUUAAAGUUGGAAGACAUCACAAGAUGUCUUAAAAGAGUUACUGUCUAUGUCAUAAGAAAUAGCAGAUUUAUUUUUUUCCAAAUUUGAUCCAUUAACCUUUCCAAUCCCCGAUUUUUGGGAUAGCAUUGCAAUUCUGUGACAAUAUUUUCCUGCAAGACCAUUUUAAUCCAAUUGUAGUUUGUGAAUCAUUUAGGAUUGGUGAUGCUGUUUUAGAAAAGAACUUUCCAUUUUUAAAUGGAAUAUUUGCAAAGAAGUUUUGUUCUUGUUUUGAUUUAAAUAAAAUAGAUUGCAAGAUAUGAAAUCCUAUCUAAUUGAAAGGGCGGGGGGGGACCCAAAAUCCCUCAGUGAAAAUUGAAAAUAAAAGAAUUGGGUUGAAAUUGUCUGAUUGCACUUGAAUUGGGUGACUCUGUGCUGGGUCAUGUCAUUCGUGACUUUUGCCUUUUGCUCAAGGAGACUGCCGUAGAAAAUGAUAAAUAAAAAGGGCAGAUGAUGGGAGGGCAAUAAUAACAAUGGCAAAAGAGAAAGAAGUGGAGGGAAGAGAAGAUGAAGGGAGAGGAGUGACAGCAAAGAAAAAGGGAAAACAGAGGGCAACAGAAAACAUUUUCUUUGACUGCAUUCACCUGCCUCUUGUCCAAUGUCUUUUCCUUCGAGAUUCAUCUUUUUCUCAGCCAUUGUGGGGAUUGGAGGAAAGGGUGUACCUCUUGCUUAAAUACUUCCGAUUUAAAAAGUCUUGCAAUUCAUCUGCAUGUAUUAAAAUCAUUUAUUAAUAUACUAUUACAUCAAAAUGAAGUUUUAAUUUUUAAGCCCCAUCAGUCUGGCUGAUCCGGUUCAACCAGACAUUCACAUGUUAGAAAUUUCAAAGUUCUAUUGACGGUGAAAUGCUAAUCCACAAAUAACUUAAAGGUAAGUGUACUAUGUACAGCAUGUUAAUGUGUCAUAGAAAAUAUCUUUUAUUCCAUGGUCUGUUACUCCAUAUGGAAAUGAAAGGUUCUUGAAGUACGAACUUCGACCAGUUUCAAGAAUAAACGCUUACAAGUUGUUACAUGGCAAGCGGUUCAAAAGCAGGCUUCUGAUAGUAUUUCAUGUUUGGAAGAAAUUUUGUGUGCCCUAAACCUUGAUGGUUUUAUCUCCAUUUAACAUCGAAUAUUCCAUUUCUAUUAAUGUUUGGUGGGGUACAUUCACUUUUGCACCACUCCAUGGUCCUUUAAGAAUCCACUUUUAAGUAUUGAUGUAAGGUUCUUAAAGAAAGUUUCGUGUGCCAACUAUAUAUUGUGCAUGUUGAUGAAAAUCAAGCGUUUGGAAAGCCUAGUGGUAUGUGCACAUGUUCUUGCACAUUGGAGCUAAGUCAAAAAUUAUUGUUAUUCUAACCUAGUUGAAGGAUGGAUCACGGGAUUUAGGCAGAGGGAACAAGUGUUGAUCUACAGGGUAAGCAUGGCUGCAAAUGGGUGAAAUGAGAUUAUAGUCCGUGUUAUGCUUUGUUGAGAUAUCGUAAUAAUGGGUACUAGCAUAUAUUUGCAUUGUCUCCUCACGAUCAGUUGAGCUGAGCACUAUGGGUUUUCCAGUAUAGACAUUUCUGAUUCUACAGAAGGCAUAAAGUGCAAUGCAGAGUGCUAAAGCAUUUUUGGCAUGUUUUCUUCAUAACCACGUGACAGUAUUUAUGGGCGUUGAUGCAUGUAAAUUGUCAGUCAACUGUUUGAAAAUGACUGCAUAGCUUUUCUUCUCAUAUACUCAAUUUUUCCAAGUGGGUAAUUUUUUUCUCUCCUUCUCCACCUCCCCCCUCCCCUCGUUGUGUUGUAUUUAGAAGUAUGCAUGAUGUGUUGGAAAUGUAUUUGAUUUUAGGAAAUUCAUCAAGGAAAUAGCUUCACUAUGGGAAAAAAUGUUUUAUUCAAAGCCUAGACAGAUUAGGUUGUGAGACCAAUUUUUUGUGAUAUUAUUAACUCGUUGACACAGAGUAAUUUGUGUUUGGGCAGUUUCAUUAUAUUUAAUGGGGUCGUUGAAGUCUUGUUUUGACGUCUUCAAGAUAUUUCAUGAUCUUGCUUAGUGUUGUGCCUACCACACCUCCCAUCUUCAAGAAAGGAAAAAGAAAAGGAGACCAAGUUGUGAUCGAAACUUUCCCUUGACUUGGCGAGCUGCUGCUCUGUUUAGAGUUUUAGAGUGAAAAGACAUUGAUCUCAGGAACUGUGCUUUUAGCUUCCCGGAUCAUACCUGAGUCAGGAAUAGUUUAUAUGGAUGUAUUUUAGUGCAUCAACUUGUGUAGAUGCCUGAAUUCACAAUAAAUUUGAUCGUCUUUCAAUGAUUUUAUGUUAAUAAGCUAGGUUUUCAAGCAUGUGUCCAUUUGAUGCAUCCGCCUGGAUCUUACCUUUUCAUGCGAGGAAUUCUCACUCUUUGUUUUCUAAGUUUUUUCGUCAGGUUUUCGAUUUAAAUGCUCUUGUUUGCUAGAUAACUUAUGCUUUGUAUCUAUUUUGGUCGAUCGUUCUAACACAGCAUCUUCACUGAUGCAAUUGAUGUGGAAUAGCGAACUAUUUGGAGUGCCAUUUUGGGCUGGGUAAUUGAAUUUACUUUCUGUGGAAAAAAAGCAUUACAGCAUCAUUUGGCUUUCGUUAAUAGAAUUUGUAUAACAGGAUAAAUUCCCAGCAUCUUCACUUGAUGGUGAGUAUGGUAGAGAUGAAAGAAGUUCCACAGAGCGAGGAGAAUCUUUUCAUCAGAGAGACUCAAGGCAACAAAUUCGCAGUCCUGGUAAAACGUAUCCUGACAAGCCCCAGUGGAGCAAUAAUGAAGAACCAAGUGAAUUGUUACGGAUUGGUUUCCCACCUCAUCUGAAUGUUGACAGAAUUGCGCUAGAAAGGGCCUUCUCUCCAUUUGGUGAACUAGACAAGGUUAUGACAUUUCCUGGGCGAAGCUAUGCCUUUGUGAGAUAUAGGAGCAUAGUAGCUGCAUGCUUGGCGAAAGAAGCUCUUCAGGGGAGGCUAUUUAACAAUCCCCGUGUAAGCAUUUCCUUUGCUAAGAAUGACACUGGUCCACCUGAGCUUGGAAGAGGUUUGAGUAGCAAUGAGUUGAGUAUCCAUGGCAGACCUAGUCCACCUGUUGACUCUGGUCGACGACAGAAGGAUUUUGAUGCCUCAGUUGGAGAGUUCCCCUCGCUAUCUUCUAGAUUUCUCCUGGAGAUGGAAAAUACUCCUGGAGAUAGGGAAGCCAUGGGAUUCGGUAGAACUACUUCUCUAGGGAUGAACAGGGGUCUACGAACCACUCCUGGUAGCUUCGAACAUCCAAGAUAUCAAAGCUUGGGUUCUGAACGAAGAGUCUCUGAAGAUAGAGUUGAAUAUCUCAUUAGUCCUACAGUUGAGAAAGCUCCUCUUGUACAUGAACUCAUUGAGAGGCCUCAAAAAGCCUCUCUAUCAGAUCCUUGGGAUAUCGAUGAAAGUGCAUUUUCUUCAGCAAAGAAAAUCAAGAUGGAUCCAUUUCCUGAUAGAGAGCUUCCUGAAUAUCCAUUUUCAGAUUUUGAAAAAGAAAGUCAAUAUGGUGAAUCACGGAAAAUCUUUCCGAGAUUGCCAGAAAGUCAUAUUUAUAACCGAAGCUUAGUGUCUGAUUUUGGAGGCAAAGAUGCUCCUGAUUAUACAGAAAGUAAUGAUUCAUGGAGAAAAUCUGAUGGCUUUACUGGAGGCUCCACUUCAUUACACAUAAAACCAAAGCCUGACAAAUGGCAUAGGUUCAACCCCGAGCCUCAAAAGUUUGCUCUGAAUGAUUGGAAAUGGGAGGGAACUAUAGCCAAAGGAGGGACUCCAAUCUGUCGUGCUCGUUGCUUCCCUGUUGGAAAGGCGCUGGAUUUUAUGCUGUGAGUAACCUCAAUCCCUGCGUACUGUUGUUCUUUUUCUGUGGGGUGACUAGAGUAAAUCUAUCUCUUUGUGCAUUUGGCAUCUUCUGCCUCACUAUGCCCACCUGAUUAGCGAUAUUCUUUACUCUAUCAAGUUACAAACUUGGGCUCUCUGAUGGCCAUGAGUAGUGAACUGCACAAACUCUGCCCUUAGUCCAUGUUUAAUAUGCCAGACGAAUGCCCCCCCCCCCCUCUAUUUUUCGCCUUAAAAUAGUUUAUUAUAACUAAUGUCUGAUGUUAUAUCUGAUCUUUUAAAUAAAUCACAGGCCAGAGUUUCUAGAUUGCACUGCAAGGACAGGCCUUGAUAUGCUCGCUAGGCAUUUCUAUCAAGCAUCUGGUUCAUGGGUAGUGUUCUUUGUUCCAGAAACUGAUGCAGACAUUGUCUUCUACAACGAGUUCAUGAACUUUCUUGGAGAGAAGAACCGUGCAGCGGUUGCCAAGUUGGAGGAGAAGACCACCUUGUUUCUUGUUCCACCAUCAGACUUCUCUGAGAAAGUUCUAAAAGUACCAGGGAAAUUGAGUAUCUCUGGGGUCGUUCUGAGGUUCCAGCAACCCAGUUCUGAUUUUGAUUCUGUUCACUAUCCCCCAGAAAGAGUGGGUUCGACUAUCCCCCCGAUGCCCAGAUCGGUUGAUGAAACAACACUCCAGGGAAAUAGGGUUCUUCCGAAGACAUCCUCACCCAAUGCUUGCCCAUCAUCCAAGGAGACAAAUUAUUUCUCUUCAUUGCCUGAACAUUUUGCUCCUACUGCAUCCUCUGAAUCUCAGCGGCCUACGAGCUAUCUUUCUUAUUCUGGGUCCUCUGGAAGAGUACAUGAUCGCCAUGGAGAGAGAAUGUACGAUAAGAUUCAGAAACAAAACCCUAGAGCACCCUCAACUUUGUCCCCCUCUCGUGCUCGUACUGCAAAUUCUGGCUUUGGAAAUCCCUCAGGUAUUGCUCCCAUGGCCUCUCAUUCACCUGAUAAUUCUAUGGAAGAAACAUUCUCAUUAAAUGAGCAGAAUAUGAUGCCUCCGAGAAGGAGUUCUGGCGUUAUGGCAGCUGGGACGUCUGCAUUUGGUUCAGAAGAUGGCAGCGAGCUUCCUCCAUCACCACCCCCGACUAAACCUCCACCUCCCUCCACUGGAUCUAUUCCUUCCGUGUUACCUGAGCAUCUUGCACAGCUUGCAUCUUUUCUUGGUCAACAGAAACAUUUAGGAAAGGACCCACCGUAUUCAUUGUCCGGAGAUCAAAUGCAGCAAACUUCAAUGCAGAAACCCACUGUACACAACCGUGACCCAGCACCUUCAAACCCUGCAGUUUCUCUCUCUAGCCAAAUGCAACAGUUGCAGCGCCAUGCAUUUAGCGUGUCUCCAUCUUCAGAGACUGGGAAGCUUGAGCAACUGAGUAACCAGCUAGCCCGUAGCAGUGCCCAGGAAGAGUCUGAAACAGACCCACAGAAACGGCUCCAAGCCACCCUACAGCUAGCUGCAGCGCUUCUUCAGCAGAUCCAACAACAGUCAAAGCCUGAUAGCUGA